AUGUCAAAUUACUUGCAGCAACUCCGAGAAAUAUCUUUGGCUGAUGUUGCUCGCUUGAAAUCUCACCCAACGCCCAGGAUUAAAUCAGAUUACGACGUCGACAAGUGGCGAACGACCCAGUCGUACCAGGACUAUGGCAUUUUCCUGCGUCGGCUGAAUGAAUCGGUCGUAGGGCAUUAUCUGCCGUACACUUCUCCUGGUCAUAGCCAGGCUGUGACAAAAAUAUUAGAUCUUCUGGACACCCUAGAUCAAUGGGUUGACGAAAUUCCUCCACUGGAAACCCCACAACGUUUCGGAAAUCUCGCAUUCAGAACUUGGGGUACGCGUUUGGAGGAGAGGUCUGACGAAGUGCUAUCGAAUCUACUCAGCCCUACCCACAGCAGUUUGAUCCCGUUCGUCAAACCAUACUUUUUGACAUCGUUUGGCUCCUUCACGCGUAUGGACUACGGGAGUGGCCACGAAGUUUCGUUUGGCUUGUUCCUCCUUUGUCUAACACUUGUUCGUUUUUUCCAACCGGUCCCCGAAGAGGAACGUGAGCUGGUGCUCGUCGUAUUCGUCCGAUACCUUCGCCUUUGUUGGAAACUCCAGGAUGUGUACAGGCUUGAACCAGCAGGGAGUCAUGGUGUGUGGGGGUUGGAUGACUCCUGUUUUCUCCCAUAUAUCUUUGGAAGUGCGCAAUUGAGAGGUCAAACAAGGAUCGCAGUAUCUGCAGCCAUUCAUCCGCCUUUACCUCCCACGAACUUGUACUUUAUGGCGAUUUCUCGUAUUAACGAAGUAAAACAAGGACCUUUUCAUGAACACUCAUCUCAGCUGCACUCCAUUGCUGUGGGCGUGGCUAGCUGGAACAAAGUAAAUUCAGGUUUAUUCAAGAUGUACGAGGCUGAAGUUCUAGGCAAGCGGGUUGUAGUGCAGCACAUACCGUUAGGUGGCCUGCUGGAGUGGGGUGACCCACCUCCAAGCAGAUCUAGCAAUAUUGUUACGCAGGCUGAAAUUCAUGAAACACGAGCCCCAUCGGCAUCCACACCCCGACCUUCGGCAUCUUGA